AUGAGUCAAACAUUAGAAAGAGAAGAACCACAUUACUUCGGUGCUGGUCCAGCUGUUUUACCAACCUCUGUUUUACAACAAGCUGCUUAUGAUUUGAUAAAUUAUCAAGGUAUUGGAUUAGGUGUUGGUGAAAUUUCUCAUCGUUCAGGCCCAGCAAAUGAUGUUAUUGAAAACACAAAGAAACAUUUCAAAGAAUUGUUAUCAAUUCCAGAUACUCAUGAAGUUUUCUUCUUACAAGGUGGUGGUACUUCUGGAUUUUCAUCAAUUGCAACUAAUUUAUUAGCUUCAUAUGUUAAAAAAACUGGUAAAAAGGGUAAAGGUGCUUAUGCUAUAACUGGUUCAUGGAGUAAAAAAGCUUAUGAAGAAGCUGAAAGAUUAGGAGUUGAAACUGAAGUUUUAACAGAUUCUAAAAAAGUUUAUGGAUCAUUUGGUAAAAUUCAACCAGUUUCUGAAUGGAAACAACCAGAUCCAAAAGAUACAGCUUAUGUUUAUUAUUGUGAUAAUGAAACUGUUAAUGGUGUUGAAUUCCAAUCAGAACCACAAUUCGAAGGUAUUGAAAUUGUCGCUGAUUUAUCAUCAAAUAUUUUAUCACGUAAAGUUGAUGUUAGUAAAUAUGGUUUAAUCUUGGCUGGUGCUCAAAAAAAUGUUGGUUUAGCUGGGUUAACUGUUUAUAUCAUCAAGAAUUCAUUAUUAGAACAAGCUUCAGAUGAUGAAUUAAAAGCUUUAAACGCUCCAUUAUCACCAAUUGCAUUCCAUUAUCCAACUGUUGUUAAAAAUAAUAGUGCUUAUAAUACAAUUCCAAUUUUCACUUUACAUAUUUUGGAUUUAGUUUUACAAAAUUUAAUUAAACAAGGUGGAUUAACAACUCAACAAGAAAUUAAUGAACGUAAAGCUAAAAAAUUAUAUGAAGUAUUAGAUCAAUAUCCUCAAUUAUUUAAUUUACCAGUUGAUAAAUCUGUUAGAAGUAAUAUGAAUGUUGUUUUCACAAUUAAUGGUGAAGGUUUAGAAGAAUCAUUCUUGAAAGAAGCUGGUGAAGCUAAAUUAACUGGUUUGAAAGGUCAUCGUUCAGUUGGUGGUAUUCGUGCAUCUUUAUAUAAUGCUGUUACAGAAGAGACUGUUGAUUUAUUAGUUGAUUUUGUUAAGAAAUUUGCUGAAGCUCAUAAAUAA